AUGGACCCAUUGAAGGCCGAAGCUUGGGUCCUUGGUAUUGAGAAGUUAUUUGGAGUAUUCCCAUGCCUGGAGACACAGAAAGUACAAUUGGCUACCUUUACACUAGAGGAUAAAGCAAGAAGGUGGUGGAUACUAAUCCGUGAUGCUGACAAAGGCAUUGACUGGUGUAUCUGUGAUAGAAAGGUGUUGGAAUUUGAAGGACUAAAGCAAGGCAAUAUGACUGUAGCUGAGUAUGAAGCCAAGUUCAUUGAAUUGGCUAGAUUCGCUCCACAUAUGGUUGACACCGACUAUAAAAAGGCGAGAAAGUUUGAAAAUGGUCUUCGUAGUGACAUCCUGGAGAGGGUGAAUGUAUUAAAAUUGCCCACUUAUGUUGAUGUGCUAGAUUGA